AUGGGUGCACCAGUUGUUGCCUCUGCCGGCCACAUCAUGCCGGCCCUUGAUGCCGACCUCAACUCGAAACCGGCCAUUGUUCACAGGGAUACCAAGGGCGGCCGGAGGCUCUGGUAUGUCCUGAAGGUUAUCCAGCAACCUGAGCGCGCCAGAGCAUGCGGAUCGGGGCCCAAGUCAUCGGCUGAUCGCCGCCCCGUUGACCCUCCGCCCGUUGUGGAGCUGCGCAUUUACGAGGGCCAAACGUUCGAACUGGCACAGGAAAAGGAUAUCACCUUCCUGUACAAUGCCAACUUCUUCCUCUUCGCAACUUUAGAACAUGCCCGCGUGAUCGCGCACGCGCGCGGCGCCCCCGCGCCCACUAACACGCCUCCCGUACUCACCGGUAUGCCCGUGUCUGGCAUGGCGUAUCUGGACCGCCCGCAGGAAGCCGGCUACUUCCUCUUCCCGGACCUCUCAGUAAGACACGAAGGCCGCUACCGUUUGACGUUCAAUCUCUACGAAGAGACCAAGGAGGACAAGGACAAGGACUUGGAAGUUGAGGGCGACGGCAAGGCCAUCGUUCCCGGUCUGAACACGGCCAAUGGGGGCUCGUUUGAUUUUCGGAUGGAAGUGAAGUCGCAGGAGUUUAUCGUAUACAGCGCCAAGAAGUUCCCUGGUCUGGCCGAGAGCACGCAGCUCAGCCGAGUGGUUGCCGAGCAAGGGUGCCGUGUCCGGAUUCGCCGCGACGUACGCAUGAGGCGCCGGGAUGGCAAAGGUACGGGAGAUUACGACAACGCCGAGGACGAAUAUGCCCGAAGGAGAAGGACGGCCACACCGGAUACUCGACCUGACUACAACCGCGCGCGAUCCAUGAGCGGUAGCGUGGAGCGCACACCGUACUCGGCCGACUCACAACGCCGGCCGUCCAUUGCCGACUACCAGUCGCAGUAUCCGCCCCAGAACCCGCCGCCAGGCGGACACUUGCAGUUCCUGGGCGGGAACUCGACUCCGCAGUAUCCCGCGCAGGCUCCUUCAAGCUUCGCCCAGCCGCCCUCGGUUCCGGCGUCGCCGCUCUAUCCCCCGAGCCAAGGGGCCGCUCCUUACCCGUCGCAGUCGUCAUAUCCCCCUCCGCCUCCGCCACCGCCAUCGUAUCAGAGGGAACGGACGCCGAGCAAUCCUCCGCCUCCGCCACCGCCAUCAUAUCAGAGGGAACGGACACCGAGCAAUCCUCCGCCUCCUCGCAGGGAUAGCCUGCAGCAGGAUUACCGGCCUCCUUCCGGAUCCGCAAGUGGACCUGUGACACUACCGCCUCUGAGCCACCUGUCAUCGUAUCCGCCCACGCCGAGCCAGACUCACAUGCCGCCACCGAAGCCGCAGAUGCCGCCUCGGCUGCAGAUUGACGGGAACAUGGCUAGCGCGAGCCGGCUCCCGUUGCCCAGCCCAACAUCGCUGCUUAGGCCUAGCGGGUCCAGCGGACCGGUGCUCAAUCCCCACUAUCUCCCGCCGCCGGCUCAGUAUGCGGGAACAAAGCGUGCGCAUGACCAGACCUUCAGGCAUGACGAUGGGCAAGUGAGGUUCCAGGAUGGUGCGCGGGACAAGGGCCUGUCUGAAGACGCACACCCGUCUAGCACCAUGGUGUAUAGGCGUGCCGACGGCACUCACAAGUCUGUUCCCGAUUCCUGGUUCGGUCAACCCUGA